UAGUACGGUUACCUCUUGGUCACCUAGUACUGAACGUAGUGGUACUUGGUAGUGUCUAAGUGCAAUCAAGAGAUCACCAAGAGAGGAUAUAAUUAUUGUGCUGACUUCAAAACUACAUGUGCAUUUAGAUUUGAAAUAUUUUGAGGAUCUGAAUCAUCUUGAAUGGCCUGAGCCAUUCAUUUAAUUUCAUUUAUCACAUCACUGAACUCGCAUUUCGUAAUGUUCCUACUGUUGAUAUUAAUUAAAUCGUUAGGUUUUAUUUAAGCAAUUCUCCGUUUUUCGACAUAUUUAAUUUUACAUUGACUUUACGUGAUGGCUUUGAUGAAAUCAUCACAAAUACCAGAAGAUGCAGUAGUAUUGACCGAGCAUGAAGCUACUGAAUACGUUUGGAGCAUUGUUUAUAAUUGGGAACCAGUUUCUGAUGUUUGGGCUCUUCGUAGUGGCGCAGUUUGUCUCGGAGUAAUUAAUGCUGUAUCAGGAGCAAUAAUGAACCGCCAUUACCGAAACAAAUUAAAGCUAGGAACAUAUGGAUAUUUCUCCUCUGUCAUACCACUCACUUUGAUGCCUGGUUCGUUGACAGCACUAUUUCAUAGAUAUAUUGUUUCAUCUGAUCUUCUGUUGUUGAAAAAUAAUCAUUGCCCAAUAUGUUAUGAAGUGAGAUCUGGUGCUGUUCAAGUAGGACUGGGGUUGGUAUAUCCUAUGAUUUUAGCUCCACUCACCUCAUUAAUGCUUACCAACAAGUAUAAUACAGCAAGAAUACCAGAGAUUACUCAACCAAAGGCAUUGUUACAGCUUGUUAGAAAAAUGACAAGGCCCUUCACAGGAACCCUGGCUGUAAUCAGUAUCAUACAAGUGGUGGCAUCAUCAAUAAUUACAUAUUUUGAAGUUAAAAAUAGCUUAAUACUGCACGAAAAAAUGUUAGAAAUUGAGAGGAAGGCUGUAGAAAAAUAUGGGAAGUAGUGUUGAAUUAUUUAAUAUUGUAAAUAGAUAGUGAAAAUAA